AUGACAAUAUUGUUUGUCGUUCGUGAGUCAACAUUUGAUGUUGGUUCAAUUGGAACAUUAACGGCACCAGCUAAGAUGGAUUUGCUUCUCAUUUCAUAUAGAAUAAAAACCUUUUAUAUGUAUGAAAUGAACAAUAUACUCGACAAGGGUUUGAAUGUAAAGCUAACGAAUGAAAAUAUUGUUGAAUUCACUGAGACAGGAGCUGUGUAUAAAGAUGUAGAACUACUGAACAAAAGAGCAAAGGGAAGAAGCAGGAAUAUGAACAAAGGGUGGAAGCCUAUAAAAAUUUAUGUCAAUGAUGGCUCAGGAGGUUCAAACAUAAAGUAUGCAGAAAGUUAUAGAGUUUAUGCUCUCAAAGGUGAAAAGCCUUCAUUUAAGAACAGCUAUUCUAACCCAUAUCCUCAAAAGCUAACGGAUGGGGAAGUGGAUGAUAUGAAUGACAGCAAAAAUAUUAACAGAAAUGGCGACAGAGAUGCAUGGAAUUUGUUUACCAUCAGUCAAUUAAAGCAUAAGAUUUAA